CCUCCCCUCACAGUUCUAACCCUUUCUCAAGUCAGAGAUUUAAGCAAAGAAAAGUGAGACUGAGAGCUUUCGGGAAAAGCGCUGGGAAGCAAUUUAGAAGGACCGGACCCUUCACAAUCUAAUUAUCUACUUUAGGUGUAAAAGUCUGGAUGGAAAGAGAUGCCUCGCGGUGACUUCAACGUUUAUUUUGCAAGCAGAGGACCGCAUGUCAGGGCCGAAGAGGCAGCUGGCAUAGCUCUGUUGGUCGUAAUUCUCGCAGCCCUUCUCAUCCUUGGAUGCUGGUAUUUCAAGAGGAGAAGCGGGUACAAAAUGAUCAGGAGCCCAAGAUCAGGGUCCCAGCCAGGAUUCAGUGGACAGUUCAGCGAGGGAAGGGCUGCAGCAGAAAACAAGAUGGGCCUCAGUGAGCUUCGACCUGUGCUUCCCAAUGCCCCUCCUGCCUAUGAGAAGAUCUCAUCAGGACCCCUGCCUCCUCCCUACUCGCCAUAAUACAACAGUCCUCUGUGGGAUAACCAAAAAUAUGAAACUUCAUGUGUUAUUUCAUUAAACACAUUAUCAAA